AUGAGACAAGCUAUUUUCUCCUCCAGCGACGACGCUUCUGCCUACCUUGCCGGCUACGUCAUUGACAGAAUCAACGAUUUCCAGCCCACAGAGUCCAAACCUUUCGUGCUUGGUCUUCCUACUGGCUCUUCCCCAGAGGGUGUUUACGCCCGUCUUGUCAAGGCCUACAAAGCCGGCAAGGUCUCUUUCGCCAAUGUCGUCACGUUCAACAUGGACGAGUACCUUGGCCUUGAACCUUCCCACCCACAGCUGUACCACUACUUCAUGUACGACAAGUUGUUCAACCACGUGGACAUCCCCAAGGAGAACAUCAACAUCUUGAACGGUCUUGCUGCCGACCCUGAAAAGGAGUGUGCUGCCUACGAGGCCAAGAUCAAGAAGUACGGCCGUGUGAACUUGUUCUUGGGCGGUUUGGGUCCCGAGGGCCACUUGGCAUUCAACGAGGCUGGCUCCUCCAGAGACUCCACGACGCGGAAGGUCGCUCUUGUGGAAUCCACGAAAAAGGCCAACUCCAGAUUCUUCGACAACGACCCCAACAAGGUGCCAUCCCACGCCCUUUCGGUUGGUAUUUCUACGGUUUUGGACAACUCCGACGAGAUUGCCAUUAUUGUCUUGGGCGCCAACAAGCAGUACGCUUUGGAGAAGACCAUGAACGGUAAGCCUAACGACCCUCAGUUCCCAUCCUCCUACCUCAGAGACCACAACAACGUUUUGAUUGUGUGUGACCACCCUGCUGCCGGCUUGGGCUCCAAGUUGUAA